UUCAUGUCGUUUUUUACACGUUUAAUUUUAAUCAGUUUUUUUCGAACCAUUUCCUCCCAUCAAACCUGGUUGAUAUGGGGACCCGAUUUAAGUCCAAAGUACGAUUAUUCCACAUCAUGCGAUCACGUCAUUUUUUGCCAAAGCACCCAAAGUAAAACCAUCAUGUUUGUUUGCGCCAUUUAUUGCAAAACGGGGUUGGAUCCAAUUAAAUAUGCAAGCGUGAGGCUUUUGGAUUCUCCAAAAAUAAUUCGCGAAAAAAGUGAUAAACUUAUCGCUGAUUAUUACGAUGGGAGAAACAUGGAGGAGGCUGUUAAUGUAUUUAGUGAGUUCUUUAAGAAUAAUUUUGCUUAUGGUGGCGAUUUGGAACAUUGGACUCCGAUGGAUUUUACAACAUUCUCGAGGUUUGUUACGAUGAUUUUUAAUAAAAAUGUGCAAGCUUUUGCGAUCACUGUAAUAACGAUGUGGCCUUCGUUAGGAUGGAUCGUUCCUGAUGUUGUAAAAAAAGAACCCGAUCGGCGCUCCAUGAUUGAUCUUCCCAACGGCUUUAUUGGAUUAGCAAAUGACACCACGGAGUGGCGCUACCUAGAUAGUUAUUUAAUCCUGCAAGGAGUUUUAGUCUCGAAAAUGUUCCUAACAGCUCAAGGAAUAUUAAACAACAUGAUUUAUUUGAUAAAAAAUUACGGUUUCAUUCCUUCCCGAUCUAGAAUACAAUAUUUAGACAGAUCCGGUCCGCCAGUUUUUGCCAAAAUGGUUUCACUUUAUUUAAACAAAACCAACGAUUUGAAUUGGGUUCGAAAUAACAUAGACACAGUUGCCAAAGAGAUGGAAUACUGGAAACAAAAGCGUUUUAUUACAAUAAAAAAGCAAGGGGAAGAAUACAAACUCGCCCAAUACAAAGUGCGAAGUAAAGGAUUGCGAUUAGAAAACUUAAAAGGUGAUUUUGAGAUGACCGAACCCGUAAAGAAAUAUCGAGAAAUGCAUGGAAACGAAUUUAAAAGCGCCGAUGAAAGCGGAUGGUUGUUUUCUUCGAGAUGGAUUUUUAACAAAAAUCGAAAAGAUGGCCCUUUAGAUGGUAGAAAAGGACACCCUCGUUACACCAACUUAUCUAGGAUCAUUCCCGUUGAUUUAAACGCUUUAAUUUAUGGAAGUUUCGACGAGCUUUCGAAACUUUACGCAAAAAUUGGCCGACAAACCAAAAGUCUAAAUUGGAGGGAAAACGCUGAAAAUAUACUUGAAGCAAUACAACAAGUUCUUUGGAACGAAACUGAUGGAACUUGGUACGACUACGACAUUGAUAAAAACGAACAUAGAGCAUUUUUUUAUGCAAGCAACUUAGUUCCGCUUUGGACGAGAGCUUAUCAAAAAAGUUCUAAUAACGAAGUUCGUGCUAAUUACGGUGCUAAAACCGUGGAGUAUCUUCAUAAAGAAGAGAUUGAUAAAUUCGACGGGGGAAUUCCCGCCUCAACGUUUGAAUCGAACGAGGAAUGGGAUUUCCCCAACGCUUGGCCUUCUUCCCAAUUGAUGAUAAUAGAUGGAUUACGCGACACGAACGAUCCGGAAGCGACAUAUUUAGCGGAACAAUUUGCCACAAAGUUUCUUCAAACGACGUUUAUUUGCUACAGGAAAACAAAAUCGAUAGUGCUCAAUUACGACGUUACAAACCCCGGUGCGAGUCGAUAUAUCGCGAAAGAAGAUCGAAAAUUAGUUCAACGAUAUGGAUACGCCACUACUAAUGCUGCCGUGUUAUCCAUUAUACAUAGCUUCAUUUUUCCAUAUGGUACGUUGGUUAGAAGUGGUGAUGGUGUGUUAGUUUCGAAGAUGGGAUAUGUUGUUUUAUUUUUAAUUAUUAACUUAAUGUUUUAGUAUUAUGUAA